UAAUAUUUUUUAAACGUCAAACAUAUACUUUUAUCUAAAAAAACUCUUCUAGUUUAUCGCUGAAAAAUAUGUCGGAUAACGAAGAAUCACCCGUCGCCCAAGACAACGUUUCGGAGGAACAAGCGGAAGCGACCACACCGGAACCGGAUAUCGACAAUCAGGAAUCAUCGCUCAUUUCCGACACGCAGAACGACUUCGAGGUGAAAUCGAUUGACCAUAGUACGGGAGAUGAAUCGGGAUCGUUGAAAGACGAGGGGGAGAGCGGCCCGAAAAAGGCGGCGGAGGCGGCCAUCGAGCUGGAGGCGGAUUUCUUCGAGCGGCCGGAGUCCGACGUGGAUUCAAAACAAGAGGCGGUGGAUGAGAUCGCAGGCAUGACCGAGGUGGAAAGCCAAAGCGAGCAGGCAGAACCCACCCCCGAACGAGAGGAACCCGAGGAGCCGGUCAAAGAAAUGUCCGAGAUUAACCUGGAAGCGGAACAGAUCAAUAUCAGGCUGGAAGAGGGCGAAGCGGAGCACCCCGGGAGCCUCAAAAGCAGACCGAAAUCGUUGAAGGGUUCUGGAGAGGUCCUGAAGUUGGUCCCAACCAGUUGCGCUAACAUGGCCAUCAUGAGACAGAGCGUCUAUAAUAUGGAGGGACAGGCCUCCGGGAGGCAUACGACGAUCACGUACGACGCGGAGGCCAGAAUCAGGGGCUACAAUCAAGAGUACGACGACGAUUUGCUCGAGUUCGUCAUCCCGCAAGAAAACGCCAUCAUAUUCGAUGAACUGGUGGAAGAGGAACAGGAGAUGGUGAUCGCGAAGGAGGAAGAGACGGCGAUGCUGAACCGCAAACCGUUUUACGCCCGUCACGACGCGGCCUUAGAAGAAAUCUCCGUCAGGAAGAUGCGAAACUUCAUCUUACAAAAGAAACUGGCCAUUUAUUUCAGAAGAAAAAAGAUGGAAUACGUGACCAAAGAGAACGAGUACUCGCUGGACCUCCAUAACAAGUACAACAAGAAACUGGAGGCGUACGGGGACUUUUCGGAGUUCAGUUGCGUGGAAACCGCCCGCCUCAGGGACGACAUCGAGCAGACGAAGCGGCAACGUGGCGAAAAGUUCAACGAACUGACGAAUAAGUUCAGAAAAAUGCAAAAUCGAGAGUGCGAGAUCGGCUACGGUCUUAUUAACACUAAAACUGGAAAUACUAUACCCGAUAAGUGCGUCGAGCGCCUAAUUAACCGUCAAUCGACGCAGAUGGCCGAGGUGAGCGCGAUGCGUCUCACCUACAUCAAACUGAAGCAAAUGGUGCAGGAAAAGUUGGACGGCAUCGCCCUCUUGGACGAGAUCGCGCCCGGUUUCCUAUUGGCCGACUACGAACAACUGAAGUCGCUCAAUCGCGGCUACGCGGACAAAAUCGAGGAGAAAGACGAGGAGCUGACGAAGCAGCGAGCCAAGUGCGCGAGUACCAUACAAAUUUUGGCCCAUUUGAGGGAGAAAUCCAGCGCCCUGGAAACGGACCUGGACGACCUGGAGGAGGAGCUGGAGGUUACGGAGAUGACGUACGCGGACCUGCGCACCAAAUUGAACAACGCGAAACAGAAGAAGGACGCGUACCGGAAUAGGCUGAAUAAGUUGAGGGACGAGUCCGGACUGUUGACGCAGCCCACUCUGUUGAGGGAUAUGGAGAAGGGGUUGUCGGAUUUACAGACACUGACGGCCGACCUGUCGGCGAUAAUGAGAGACUACAAAAGGCGCGGCAAACAAAUAAAAGUGAUCCGUAAAAAGAUCGAGACGACGCAGGAGAGUCGUCGCCUUAUGGGGCGAUCGUCGUCUCGCUUUAAGAGAGAGAGCACGCGCGUGUCCUGUAUUAAUGACUCCGACGAUGACGUCACGGUGAAACCGCAAGUGUAUAAGGGACGACCCUCGCUGAUGAUGCCCCUGCUUGAAAGUACCGUCUUUGACAGUUUGAAGAGUGUCAAGCCGAAAGUUACGUACGACAGGAGGCGGUACCCCGUGGGAAUUAAACAUAAGAGGGCCGAAGGUUGAACAUAUUAGUUUAUAGAUGUAAUAUUUAUAUACGUUUAAUAUACUAGUUUUUGUUUAAA